UGGAGUAUACAAUAAUGAUGUAUUUGAUGAAUCAAAUACAUGGUCUAAUAAUGAACCAUUUCAUUUUAACAUAACAUUGAAAUUAGUUGAUAAUAUUAGUUGAAUAUUUUUUUUCUUUUUUUUUAUUUUUAUUUUUGUCAAAGGUUUCAUUCAUGCAUAAUCUAUAUCGAGUAGACCUUGUCGUUGUGAGAAUUCUUAAUUCAUGAGUUGUAGGGAGGGACUUAUGUCACCACAAACAGAGACUAAAGCAAGUGUUGGAUUUAAAGCUGGUGUUAAAGAUUACAAAUUGAAUUAUUAUACUCCUGACUACGAAGUCAAAGAUACUGAUAUCUUGGCAGCAUUCCGAGUAACUCCUCAACCUGGAGUUCCGCCCGAAGAAGCAGGGGCUGCGGUAGCUGCCGAAUCUUCUACUGGUACAUGGACAACUGUGUGGACUGAUGGACUUACCAGUCUUGAUCGUUACAAAGGGCGAUGCUACCACAUCGAGGCCGUUGUUGGGGAGGAAAAUCAAUAUAUUGCUUAUGUAGCUUAUCCUUUAGACCUUUUUGAAGAAGGUUCUGUUACUAACAUGUUUACUUCCAUUGUGGGUAAUGUAUUUGGUUUCAAAGCCUUACGAGCUCUACGUCUGGAGGAUCUGCGAAUUCCCACUUCUUAUUCCAAAACUUUCCAAGGCCCGCCUCACGGCAUUCAGGUUGAAAGAGAUAAGUUGAACAAGUAUGGUCGUCCCCUAUUGGGAUGCACUAUUAAACCAAAAUUGGGAUUAUCUGCAAAAAACUACGGUAGAGCGGUUUAUGAAUGUCUACGUGGUGGACUUGAUUUUACCAAAGAUGAUGAAAACGUAAACUCACAACCAUUUAUGCGUUGGAGAGAUCGUUUCUUAUUUUGCACCGAAGCACUUUUUAAAGCGCAGGCCGAAACAGGUGAAAUCAAAGGACAUUACUUGAAUGCUACUGCGGGUACAUGUGAAGAAAUGAUGAAAAGGGCCAUAUGUGCCAGAGAAUUAGGAGUUCCUAUCGUAAUGCAUGACUACUUAACUGGUGGAUUCACUGCAAAUACUAGCUUGGCUCAUUAUUGCCGUGACAACGGCCUACUUCUUCACAUCCAUCGCGCAAUGCAUGCAGUUAUUGAUAGACAGAAAAAUCAUGGUAUGCAUUUCCGUGUACUAGCUAAAGCAUUACGUAUGUCUGGUGGAGAUCAUAUUCACGCCGGUACAGUAGUAGGUAAACUGGAAGGGGAACGUGAGAUGACUUUAGGUUUCGUUGAUUUAUUACGUGAUGAUUAUAUCGAAAAAGACCGAAGUCGCGGUAUUUUCUUCACUCAAGAUUGGGUCUCUAUGCCAGGUGUUCUGCCCGUGGCUUCAGGGGGUAUUCAUGUUUGGCAUAUGCCUGCUCUGACCGAAAUCUUUGGGGAUGAUUCCGUACUACAGUUUGGCGGAGGAACUUUAGGACACCCUUGGGGAAAUGCACCUGGUGCAGUAGCUAAUAGGGUGGCUUUAGAGGCGUGUGUACAAGCUCGUAAUGAGGGACGUGAUCUUGCUCGUGAAGGUAAUGAAAUUAUCCGUGAAGCUAGCAAAUGGAGCCCUGAACUAGCCGCUGCUUGUGAAGUAUGGAAAGAGAUCAAAUUCGAAUUCGAACCAGUAGAUAAGCUAGAUAAAGAGAAAAAGUAAGUGUGCAUAAUUCAGUAAUUCCUGUUUGUUCUCCUAAUUGAUUGCAAUUAAAGUCGGCCCAAUCUUUUCCUAAAAAAAAGAUUGGGCCGAUUGCCGAAUAAAAAAAAAAAGAAUGAGCAUUCUAUACUAUGUAUUUGCAUAUAUCUUUUAUAUGUACAGAUGUACAGAUCUUACCUAUAUAUAUACAAGAUAAGAUCGAAGACUAAACAACUCAAUACUUCUAUUGUUUGUUGUUGGAUCCAUAGGAUUGGAUUAAUUAUGGAUCCUUGGGAUUGGUGGACUUUUUUAUAUCUCCUAGUUUCAGGCCAUAGAUCAAGCCAAGGGAAAGGCUCCUUUACCCAUCCUAUAUAUUGUCUUUUUCGUUCCAUGUUAAAAUAGAAACUUAAUUAUUUGAUUAUACGAGAACAAAUUCUUUAUUCUUUAUUUAUAGAAAUAAACAACUAUCUCUAUUUUCGAUGAGAAUUUGUACAUCACAUGGAAGAAAGCUGUGUCUUUCUAUUUUAAAAUUUAUAAAAAGAUUCUAUCAAUAUAUAUUGAAGUGAUACCUCGGCUUCCCACAAAGGAGAAUCAUUUCUUUCAAUACUUACUCGUUCUUUCAAUACUUACUCGUUAUUAAUUAACAAUCCUAAUGAUUAGGAUUAGAUUCGUAUGCUUAAUUCUGAUAAGAAAUCAAAUAGUGAAAGUAAAAUGAUUAUCCAUCGAAUGUAUUGUAUUUCAUCAAAUAGGGGGUAGAAAGACUCUAUGGGAAAAUGGUGGUUCCGUUCGAUGUUGUCUAACGAGAAGUUAGAACAUAGGUGUGGGCUAAGUAAAUCUAGGUGUGGGCUAAGUAAAUCAAUGGAUAGUCUUGAUGGUAUUGGACAUACCAGUAGAAGUGAACAACCUAUUCUAAACGAUACGAAGAACGAUACGAAGAAAAAGAUUCCUAGUUGGAAUCAUAGUGGUAAUUAUAGUUUCACUAAUGUUGAUUCUUUAUUUGAAAUCAAGGAUAUUUGGAGUUUGAUCUCUGAUGACACUUUUUUAGUUAGGGAUAGUAAUGGUGACAGUUACUCUGUAUAUUUUGAUAUUGAAAAUCAGAUUUUUGAGGUUGACAAUGAUAGUUCUUUUCUGAGUGAACUAGAAAAAAAACUUUCUAGUUAUUUGAGUAGGGGGUCUAAGAAAAAGAAUCACUACUAUUAUCAUUACAUGUAUGAUACUCAAUCUGGUUGGAAUAAUCACAUUAAUAGUUGCAUUGAUAGUUAUCUUCGUUUUGAAGUCAGUAUUAAUAGUUCUAUUUCGGGUAGUACCAACAAUUACAGUGACAGUUACUUUUAUAACUUCAUUUGUACUGAAAAUAGAAAUAGUAGUGAGAGCGGUAGGUCUAGUAAAAGAACUAGAAAAAAUUUCAAUGAUUUCCAUGAAGAGGUGGAAUCCGAUUUCCAUGAAGAAGUAGAAUUCCACGAAGAAGUAGAAUCCGACUUCCAUGAAGAAGUAGAAUCCGAUUUCCAUGAAGAAGUAGAAUUCCACGAAGAAGUAGAAUCCAAUGAUUUCAAUGAAGAAGUAGAAUCUGAUUUCAAUGAAGAAGUGGAAUCCGAUUUCAAUGAAGAAGUGGAAUCCGAUUUCAAUGAAGAAGUGGAAUCCGAUUUCAAUGAAGAAGUGGAAUCCGAUUUCAAUGAAGAAGUAGAAUUCCAUGAAGAAGUAGAAUUCCAUGAAGAAGUAGAAUCCGACUUCCAUGAAGAAGUAGAAUCCAAUGAUUUCAAUAUAAAUCAAAAAUACAAACAUUUAUGGGUUCAAUGCGAAAAUUGUUAUGGAUUAAAUUAUAAAAAAUUUUUUAAGUCAAAAAUGAAUAUUUGUGAACAGUGUGGAUAUCAUUUGAAAAUGAGUAGUUCAGAUAGAAUUGAACUUUCGAUUGAUCCCGGAACUUGGGAUCCUCUGGAUAAAGAUAUGAUAUCUAUAGACCCCAUUGAUUUUCGUUCAAAAGAGGAACCUUAUGGAGAUCGUAUCGAUUCUUAUCAAAGAAGGACAGGUUUAGCUGAUGCUAUUCAAACAGGCAUAGGUCAAAUAAAUGGUAUUCCCGUAGCAAUUGGCGUUAUGGAUUUUCAGUUUAUGGGAGGUAGUAUGGGAUCCGUAGUAGGCGAGAAAAUUACUCGUUUGAUCGAGUAUGCUACUAAUCGAUCUCUACCUGUCAUUAUUGUGUGUGCUUCUGGAGGAGCACGCAUGCAAGAAGGAAGUUUGAGCUUGAUGCAAAUGGCUAAAAUAUCUUCUGCUUCAUCUAAUUAUCAAUCAGAUAAAAAGUUAUUCUAUGUAUCAAUUCUUACAUCUCCUACAACUGGUGGAGUAACAGCCAGUUUUGGUAUGUUGGGGGAUAUCAUUAUUGCUGAACCUAACGCCUACAUUGCAUUUGCGGGUAAAAGAGUAAUUGAACAAACAUUAAAAAAGGUAAUACCUGAAGGUUCACAAGUGUCUGAGUAUUUAUUCCAUAAAGGUUUAUUCGACCCAAUAGUACCACGUAAUCUUUUAAAAGGUGUUCUGGGUGAGUUAUUUCAGCUCCACGGUUUCUUUCCCUUGAAUCCAAGUUCAAAAAUGUAAAGUAUAGCACUAGAUUCAGUUAUUUUAUUUGUAGCGAACAAGUAUUUAAUUCGUCGUAAUCAGGUGUUUUCUUUGGUGACAUAAGUUCUCCUUGUAAUAAGAGACAGAGGUUUCGGAUAAUUUUUAUUUUAUAUUUUAUUAUAUUUUAUUUAUUAUAUUUUAGAAUAUAGAAUAUAUAGUUUUAGAAUAUAGAAUAUAUAGUUUCUAUCUAGUCAUUUUCUAUCUAAUCAUAUAGAAUUAUAGUUGAUAUUACUUAUUACUUAUAAAUAAAUAUUAUAAAUAAAUAAUAUUUAUUAUAAUUUUUUAUAAUAUAUUUAUAAUAUAAUAAUGGCUUGAUAUAAUAUAAUAAUGGCUUGAUAUUACUUAUAAUAGAUAUAUCAUAAGUAAUAGAUAUAUCAUAAGAAGAUAUCUUUCUAAUAGAUAGAAAUAUUAAAACAGAUAGAAAUAUUAAAUUGAGGCACCUAUUCUAUGACAGAUCCCAACUUACCCUCUAUUUUUGUGCCUUUAGUGGGCCUAGUAUUUCCGGCAAUUGCAAUGGUUUCCUUAUUUCUUCAUGUCCAAAAAAAUAAGAUUGUCUAGACCCAAUGGGACCGAAUCUUAUCAAUUUAUUUCAACACUGGAUGAUAAUACAGAUAUUUAUCUCGUGUAAUAUGGUAUGAUAUGUGGCUCUUUCCGAACACACAAAUGAAAGAAUCGUUAUGCGGAUAUAUGAUAUCUGCAUAAAUGCAUGUAUAUGUGAAUAUAGCUGGUUCAAAAUGGAUUAGUGAAUAUUUUAAAUAGAAAGUCAAUGUAUCUAACCAAUUACUCUCCUAAUGUUUCACAUCAGAAUAGUGCUAGUUGAUGAAAGUUACUUCGGGAUCAAGAAAGGUAAAGUCAAAUUUAUUUGGGUUAUUCGCUCAAUUCCAAUCGAAUGCACUGGAUCUAGUAUAGUAUGAAUUGGCGAUCAGAACAUAUAUGGAUAGAACUUAUAACGGGGUCUCGAAAAACGAGUAAUUUUUGCUGGGCCUGUAUCCUUUUUUUAGGUUCACUAGGAUUCUUAGUGGUUGGAACUUCCAGUUAUCUUGGUAGGAAUUUGAUACCCGUAUUUACAUCUCAGCAAAUCAUUUUUUUUCCACAAGGGAUCGUGAUGUCUUUCUACGGGAUCGCGGGUCUAUUCAUUAGCUCGUAUUUGUGGUGCACAAUUUCGUGGAAUGUAGGUAGCGGUUAUGACCGAUUCGAUAGAAAAGAAGGAAUAGUGUGUAUUUUUCGCUGGGGAUUUCCUGGAAUAAAUCGUCGCAUCUUCCUUCGCUUCUUUAUGAGAGAUAUCCAAUCAAUCAGAAUAGAGGUUAAAGAGGGUCUUUAUACUCGUCGUGUCCUUUAUAUGGAAAUCAGAGGCCAAGGAGCCAUUCCCUUGACUCGUACUGAUGAGAAUUUUACUCCACGAGAAAUUGAACAAAAAGCUGCCGAAUUGGCCUAUUUCUUGCGCGUACCAAUUGAAGUAUUUUGAAACGAACUGAAGUGAAGAAUAAAAUGAAGAAUAAAUAUUUUCUCAAGAUGGGGGAAGGAACUUGCUAAUUCCUCUUUUAAUACAACUGAAGUUUCUUCAUUCUUUUAUACUAGAAAAAGGUCUAAUCUAACUAACGAAUCUAAUCUAAUAAGUAUAGAUAUAAAUUCAUCAAACCUAUCCGAACAUGUAUUUCGUAAUACAGAAUUCAUCUUUUUAGGCCCAAGAUUUGGAAUUGAUACCCUUUUCUGGUUAGACGGUGAAACAUUUCGAAAGAAUUAAUUGAUCCAGGGGGAGUUUUUUCGUCUCGAAACUCGAUUCGUUACUUCAAGUGGGUUUUCGAGUAUUCAUCGAAAGGAACAAAUGAAAAUAAAAUUGGUUCAAAUUUGCCCAAUUGAGAUAUCUGGAAUAAUAUUUAUUUCUUUUUUUCUCAUUUUCAUCCGAAAAGAACUCUUAUUCUAUGUCUAUAUUCCUUCUAAAUCAAAAAAAAAAUAAAAUUAUUACACAAUAAUAGGAAAGGAAUAGACCCAUAGGUCAAUACCUUGUUAUACAACUCGUGCUUCAAAGAAAUAUCAGAUCAGAUAGAGUCAACGAAUGAAGCAGGUUCAUUAACAAUUCAAUUCACAGAAAAAAAAAAAUGAAAAAAAAGAAAGCA